AUAAUAGCCUGCUAUCCCCCCCCUCCCCAAUUCUCCACCUUGGGUCGAUCAUUCUUUAACUCUUUUUCUUCCUUCCCGAAUUACUGUUUCGCAACCUCAUCUGGGAUCCUCAAUUCACCCCAGAAGGUUUUCCUGCGCCAGUAGGGGCUUUGGGGUCGCCUGUUGUAGUACAACGCUCGUAGCCCGACCUCUUGUUUUGAAUUCUCUCGACUACAACUACUACUGCUACUGCUACAACAACAACUACACUGCACAAUGGCCUCCGCGGUGGACGCGGCCCUGCGCGCCGCCCACGGUGCAUUGGUCCGCCGAGUCGACCAAAAUAGUGAUUCCAAUAUUGGUUCAUCAGACCAGCAGAGUAAUCCGUCGCUCUCUUCCUUUGUGACUGUUCUGGUGCCUGUUGCGAUUGUUGCAGGAGUCGAAUUUGUCGCCUUCCUGAUUCUCCGGCGCAUGUACCCUCGACACUAUGCGCCGAGGACGUUUCUUGGAAGCUUGCGCCAAGAGAACCGUUCGCCAUCAUUGCCCAAAGGUCUUUUGAACUGGAUCGUCGCCUUUUUCAAGAUUCCGGAUACUUUCAUUCUCAAUCAUCACUCAAUGGAUGCGUAUCUAUUCAUUCGGUUUCUCAAAAUUGCCACCACAAUCUGCUUUGUUGGGUGCUUCAUUACCUGGCCUGUCUUGUUCCCCGUGAAUGCUACUGGUGGAGGCGGACAGGAGCAGCUCAACAUUCUCAGUUUCAGUAACAUUAUCGGGGACAAGAAUCGCUACCUCGCUCAUACUUUUAUUGCCUGGAUAUUUUUUGGCUUCGUUCUUUUCAUGGUUACAAGAGAGAGCAUCUACUAUGUCAACCUUCGUCAGGCUUACCUCAUGUCCCGUAUUUACGGAAGCCGCAUGUCAUCCCGCACCGUGCUUUUUAGAUCUGUUCCAAAGGAUUACCUGGACGAGGCAAAACUUCGACGCCUGUUUGGCCCCACUGUCAAGAAUAUCUGGAUUGCAACUGAUUGCAAAAAGCUCGAAGACCAAGUCAAGGAAAGAGACAAGAUUGCUAUGAAGCUUGAAGGGGCUGAAAUCAAGUUGAUUACCGAGGCCAACAAGGCCAGGCUAAAGUCGUUUAAGCAGGCUGGGAACCGUGAUGAGGAAUCCGCUGCAAUUGGCCAUACCGACGGUGAUGGAGACUCCGAAUCGGGAUCUGUCGCAGGACGCUGGAUUGCGCCCAAGCAGCGACCAACUCAUCGUUUGAAACCCUUGAUCGGCAAGAAAGUGGACACCAUUGAUUGGUCGCGGUCCGAGCUCCAGAAACGGAUCCCUGAAGUAGAGGCAUUGCAGGAAUCCCAUCGCGCGGGUGACGCAAAAUACUUGAACUCCGUCUUCGUUGAAUUCGCCACCGUCGGUGCUGCGCAGGAAGCGUACCAGAGCUUGACCCAUCACCGGGCAUUGUGCAUGGCUCCUCGACAUAUCGGCAUCACGCCAGGCGAAGUCAUUUGGUCGAAUUUGCGCAUGUUUUGGUGGGAACGCAUCAUUCGGCUUAUCAUCGCGGUAGCGUUUGUCGUUGUCUUGAUCAUUUUCUGGUCGAUUCCCGUCGCGUUUGUGGGAGCGUUAUCAAACAUCUACUACCUCAUCAACAAGGUCCAUUUCCUCAAGUUCCUUUUGAAGCUCCCGACCUUCCUUCGUGGCCUUGUCACUGGACUUCUUCCUUCGGUAUUGCUGGCCGUCUUGAUGGCAUUGCUUCCCAUUGUCUUGCGCUUGGCGGCACGGUUUGGCGGUGAUCCCUCCCUGUCUGCCGUCGAAUUGACCGUGCAGAAUUCAUACUUUGGAUUCCAAGUGGUCCAAGUCUUUCUUGUCGCUACUCUCUCUUCAGCAGCCUCGGCCGCUGUCACUCAGAUCAUCGAGAAUCCUACGAGCGUGACCAAGCUGCUUGCGAACCAGCUGCCAAAGGCUUCCAACUUUUACAUUUCCUACAUUGUGCUACAGGGCUUGGCAGUUUCUACUCAAUCUUUGUUAGCCAUCUCUGGUCUGGUCCUUGCCAGGGUGCUUGGAAAGAUUCUUGAUAAAUCUCCGAGGAAAAUGUAUGCACGAUGGUCAUCCCUCGCGGGUCUUGGUUGGGGUACUCUUUUCCCAAUCUACGAAAACCUUUUGGUCAUUGCACUUGUCUAUUCGUGCAUCGCGCCGCUCGUUCUGGGCUUUGCUACAAUUGGUCUCUACUUGUUCUAUCUGGCUUACCGGUACAACAUUCUCUUCGUGAAUGAUUCGGAUAUCGACACCAAGGGAGCCGUCUAUCCUCGCGCUCUUCAACAUAUCAUGGUUGGCGUCUACCUUGCAGAGCUUUGCUUGAUCGGUCUCUUCGGUAUCAAGGCUGCUGCUGCACCUUUGGUUUUGACCAUCAUUUUCCUCGUCUUUACCGUUCUCUACCACAUCUCGUUGCAGUCCGCGCUGGACCCGGUGAUUAAGUAUAUUCCGAAAUCAAUUGAUCUUGAAGAAGAGGAUCUCCUUGCAGCUGAAGAAGGAUAUCAUAAUGGAACUUCUACUUCGCACGACAAGAAUGGCACGUCGCCAGCCGUGGCUACCACGACUAAUGGCUCAUCUUCUGGAAAUGGAAAAGCGAGCAGUCUCCCGCCUGCGCCUCACAAAAAGCCAAACUUUUUCGUUAAAUGGCUGCGUCCCGACAAAUACACCGAUUACCAGACCCUUCGCAGGCUAGUUCCGCGGGACUAUGUUGAGCUGCAGCCCAGCCCCGAGGCGGAGCGUAAUGCGUACUAUAAUCCCGCCAUCAAUGCGGCGGCUCCGCUGCUCUGGAUUCCCCGCGAUGAGGCCGGCGUUUCAAGACAAGAAGUCCAGCACACGAGUAAAGUCAUUCCCAUCACUGACGAGGGUGCGUUCCUCAAUGAAAAGAACAAGAUUAUUUGGGACAAAGACACUGGACUGCCGCCAAUCUAUGAAGAAAAAGUUGAUUACUAGUCGGAGAUAGUCUACCUCACGGGCAGACCGUAUUUCCUUCAAAAGGACCAUUUUCGACAUUUGGGAGGCCAAUGGUUUCCCAUUGAAAAAAGAAGAGUCCUUCUUCCAGAUGUUUUGCGCAAGCAAUGAUUCCUUUUUUUUUUUUUUUUUUUUUUUUUUUU